UGAAGCAACAAAAGCCGAAGAAAGUCACUUAUACUUGUAUACUAAAAUUGUGACUCCAGCUACCUUUGAACGCCAUCAAGGGUUUGAUCUCGCAAAUUUGAAAUAUCCGCUAUCAGAAGUUCUGCGGUUUAAGGCUUCAAAAACUGAGACAUAUAGGACUUUCAAGGCUAAGAUUGCUAGCAAAUUUGAAGUUUCAGUUGAACAAAUAAGAUUCAGGGUUUUUAGUAAACGACUUAAUAAGACUGUUAGGCCAGAUGUUCCAAUAAAAGAUGAUUGUCUUGGCAUGA